AUGCCGUACCCUGACGAAUUCGAGGGUUUCAUGAUAACGGAAUUGGGGAAGUACAAGGACUUUAAAAAACAAUCUUUCAAACCCAAGAUAUUUGGUGAUAACGAUAUCGACAUCCAGAUUGAGUGCUGUGGCGUGUGCGGAUCAGAUGUGCACACGGUGACGGGCGGCUGGGGUGACGCCCCGACGCCGCUGUGCGUCGGCCACGAGGUCGUAGGCAAGGCGGUCAAAGUUGGGUCCAAAGUUAAGGAUGUCCAAAUUGGAGAUCGCGUAGGUGUGGGUGCGCAGAUUUGGUCUUGCCUCAAGUGUGGGCAGUGUAAGAACAAUAAUGAGAAUUAUUGCCCAAGCAUGGUUGACACGUACGGCGCUCCGUAUCCAAAGGAAGCGGAUCCCGCCGAGACCAUAAGUCAGGGAGGCUUUUCAUCGCAUAUCCGCGCCCACGAGUAUUUCGUGUUUCCCAUACCCGACGCAAUCGAGUCACACCAUGCGGCACCUAUGCUAUGCGCAGGAUUAACGGUAUGGUCACCUCUUGUACGAGCAGGCACGGGUCCGGGCAAGCACAUCGCCGUCGUCGGGUUGGGCGGGCUGGGCCACUUUGCAGUGAUGUGGGCCACGGCGCUCGGAGCCGAAGUGACCGUGAUCUCGCACUCACCUAGCAAGAAGGCGGACGCUUUGAAGCUGGGCGCAAAACACUUCGUCAGUAGCGGGGACAAGGACUGGGCCAAGCCGCUAGCCUUCACAUUCGACUUCGUGCUGAAUACGGCGGACAUGACACACGAGUUCAACAUCACUGACUACUUGUCGAUACUGAAAGUUGGAUGCCAGUUCCACCAGGUCGGCAUCCCCGAUAAGCCGAUGCAAGAUCUGAGCCCUAAACAAUUCAUGGCGAACGGCUCGAGUAUAGGUGCUAGUCAUAUCGGCUCCCGACCUGAGUGCCUUGCUAUGCUAAAGCUGGCGGCUGAGAAGAAGCUGACUCCGAUAGUGGAGACGAUUCCGGUGGGCGAGAAAGGGUGCGCGGAGGCAGUUGAUAGGGUUCGUAGGAAUGACGUGCGUUAUAGAUUUACACUUGUUGAUUAUGACAAGGCUUUUGGAACUUAA